UUUCUUUCCCUAGCUUUUUUUUAACCAUGUUGUUUUGCCCACAAUGCGCUAAUCUUCUUCUUGUACAGAACGAUGGUGGUCAAAUGUUCUACUGUCAAACAUGUCCAUAUCAAUAUAGUAUACAGAAUAAGUUGACGACUCGGAAACAACUGGAAAGGAAGGAAGUCGAUGAUGUGCUUGGUGGUGCAAAAGCUUGGGAAAAUGUUGAUUCUACUGAAGCCACCUGUCCUAAAUGUGAACAUGAAAGAGCUUACUUUAUGCAAAUUCAAAUUCGAUCAGCUGAUGAACCAUCCUCCAUUUUCUUCAAGUGUUGCAAUGAAAAAUGUGAACAUCAAUGGCGUGAAGGAUAGAUUAGAUACGCAUCCCCUCUCCUUCCUUUCAUAUUUACAUAAUUGUUAUUUAUAUCAUGUAUCAUCAUUUUGUAGAAUAGUUAUAAUUCUGCUUGUAGUUUAGCAUUCAUAUCAGUCAUAUCCUAUCAUUUGUACACUUCCUUUGUCUCCUUUUUUUUUUUAAUUCCAUGUAUCGACCACAAUAAAGUACAAUAUAUAUGUUGAAAAAUCA